AUGGGAUGGUGCGUUUUUCUCAUAUUUCUUGGGGCGAUAGUUUCCGUUUCCUGCCAAAAUUGUAGAGGGGAAGAACCGCGGGAAAAAAAAUGUGAAAAUGUUUGCGAUAACGGAGUUUGUAAAAUACGCGCAGCACUAUUGUUGCCCAAGAAUACAACGUAUGAUGCAAACCUGCCUGUGGUUGAACCUGUUCUCGAGCUGGCCCUGCUGUCUGAUGCCGUUCGAGAAGCCUUCCCAUCAUGGAUUCGUUUCGAAUGGCUAACCUAUGACGUAACAGAUUGUGAUGCUGCAUACGCAGUCAUAUCAGCAAUCGAUGCCUACAACGAUUGCGCCCAUGUUUUCUUCGGACCAUCCUGUGAUUAUGCUCUAGCAUCCGUAGCGAGGAUAACGAAAUUUCUUCGCAACACUGGCACGCCUUUAGUUACAACAGGCGGUUUUUCCUUCGACUUCGUAAGACCGAAGAAAACGUGUCAAGAUGAAUACUACAUGAUGGUACGAGCUGGUCCACUGGGAUUCAAGGAUAUAGCAUACUUCAUUAUCGAUGUUAUGCGACAUUACAACUGGCGGCAACUUCUACUCAUAAACGAACCCGACGCUCAAGAACAAGUCGCUGGAAAAUCCACCUGCCACCUCAUGAUGAAAACCUUCGCGAAUUACUUGAAAAUUGAAGACAUUAUCUAUACUCCGUGGGACACUACUUCUGAUGGCGGUCUCAAUUACACAGAAAAUUUGAAAUUUUAUCUCGGCUAUAAAUAUACAAGUAAG